AUGUCUUGUGAAAUUGAUAAAUCUGUCAUUUUUGAUAAACAAGAAUUAUUAGGAAAAGAACUUGAAACGAUUGAAGAAUCCGACAUUAAAACCUACGAUUUAAAUAAUAAAGAAAUAACAAAUUUGAAAAAUUUAUCCAAGCAGGAAAGUGUCGAUAGCAACACGGAUAGUGACGUUUGUUUAAAUUACGACAGCGCACAAAGUGACAUGGAACAAAAAAUAAAAACAGAAGAAAAAAAACAAUGUGGUACCGAAAAUGAAACGACGGAUAGUGGAAGUGAUGAUGCUGGUACCAGCGAAAAAGAUUCCGGAUGCGAAACAACCGGAUUUAAAGAAAAAGGAAACGUUAUCGAUAAGAAUAAAAAGGAAGAAGAAGAAGAUGAAGAAGAAUCUCCAUUUGAACCUCCCGAUGAUGAUUUGGUAAAAAGGAUCGUGGCACAAGUUGAAUUUUAUUUUUCCGACGAAAACAUAGCCAAGGAUGCUUUCCUUUUAAAACACGUCAGAAGAAACAAAGAAGGUUAUGUAUCGUUAAAAUUAAUAUCUAGUUUUAAAAGAGUUAAACAUUUGGCAAAAGACUGGAGGGUGGUAGCCUACUCUUUACAAAAAUCCACAAAGUUGGAAGUAAACGAAGCUAAAACCAAAUUGAGAAGAGUGGAUCCACUUCCUCCGUUCGAUCAAACCACGCCAUCUCGUACAAUUGUCGUUAUUAACUUACCCAUGGAUAAACCGACAAUAGAAAACGUUGCUGAAAUUUUCCGAGAAUUUGGAGAAAUCGCACUUAUAAGAAUAUUAAGACCUGGAAGUUCCAUACCUGCAGACGUACGCUCAUUUGCCAACAAGCAUCCUGAAAUGAAUGGAACAACAUCUGCGUUAAUUGAAUUCGAUAGAACGGAAUCUGCCAAAUUAGCCAUUGAUCGGAUGAAUGACGAAUACCGAGGAGGAAGUCACGAUAUGAAAAUAAUUGAAUUGAAUGCACCCCCGAGUGAAAAAAAGAAAAGAAUGCAAAAUAAAAAGACUGUGGUUAAUAAAUUUAUGGAAGGUGAACUUUCUUCAUCUUGUCCAAGCGGUUCAGAAACAGAAGAUGCAAAAUUUUAUUCAAGGAGAUCAUCAUCUCCGCACCCGCUGAGAGGAGCCGACAUACCAAGAUUACAAAGAAGAUUUUCGGCUAAUCGAGUUAUGGAAUCGAAUUUCGUUUGUCCCGAUUCGUACCGAGAUAGACCUUCUUGUAGUUGUUGUAAACACUGUGAAAGAAGGUACUCAAGUUCGGGCUCCGGUUACGAUUCUCCCGUACCGAGCGGUUAUCGUCGAUAUUCACUCAAUAAAGAAAUUCAGGAAAACGGAUAUCAAAUCCCGGCAUUAAGACGACUCUCUGGAUUCGAUGGAUCCUGUUGCUUUUUAAGAAGAUGCAGUCACGAUUCCGUAUCCGGUUCGGAUAGUUCUGGUUCUUAUACCCGUUCUAUUGAUCUCGGACGAAGAUUUAGCCGUGAUUCGAUAUCUAGCACCGAAAGCGGAUUGCAAAGACGUUUUAGUCGUGACAGUUUGCCAUCGGAAAAUAUAACAAAUUACCGUAGAUUAAGCAGGGAUUCCGUAGGAUCCGAUGUUUUCGCUCCGCCAUUUUUAUCGAGAAAUAAUUCGAGGGAUUUGGUAGAUUUACCGAGGAGAUCAUCAUUCGGUUCUCCUGGAAAUUGCAAUUAUCAUCCUCUAAUGCAUUCGAACAGUCGGACAUCGUUCGGACCUCAAUCCGUUUGUACGUCUAAUUGUUCUCCACACAUACCUGAAAACGUUAUACGCAUGCCUAAGGGACCUGACGGAUCAAAAGGCUUUUUCAUUACACUUCAAUGA